ACAUCAGUCAAAUUUUUGCAGUGCAAAAGUUAACAAUGCUGAGUCCUGAGGCAAAUUUACUUUUAUUGGGCUGCCUAGUCCUAGCUGCCACUCUGGUGUCUGCCGAUCCCAAAGAUGCUCAUGUAUCGAUUUUGAGAAGAAACAAAGUUUUGUGUGGAGGCUCAUUAGUUGCCAAUAGAAAUGUCAUCACAGCUGCCAGUUGCUUGGAUUACCUAUUCACACUGAGGCCCGAAGAUCCAAAAUUAACUGUGAGGUUUGACCAAACUGGCCAACGCGUCAAAGUCGAAAGGGUGUCGAUCAUCAAUAGAUUCAAAAGUGACAGUGACAAGUAUGCAUCGUACGACGAUAUCGCCAUGCUUUUGUUGGCGGAAGAAGUGAAAAAAGCAACUCCCUUGAAACUGCCAAUCAAGGACUUGGAAGUCGAGCCCUACGUGGAGUACGAAUUGACGAAAAACACGCCGAAUUUGACGACGAUUGCGGCAUUCAGCGAGACCGAGGCGGAUUGCGACCUCGAUCUUUCGAUCGCCAAAACCGAGCGAGAGCUGAAGAAAGACACGUCGUUCUGCACGAAAUCGGCCGACUGCAAGGCCGCGCGCCUCGGUGAUCCUGUGACGAAAGACGACGUCGUCCUCGGCGUGGUCUCCCGCCUGCCAACUGGCGAGGACUGCCUCACCGAGCCCAUGGUUAACACUCGGGUGUCCAAGUUCCUGGACUACGUCAACGAGGAGCUGACGACGUUCACGCAGAAUCCAGCCGACAAGUCGAAACUGGCCAAAUCGAUUUACAUCGAGAACGACGGCGAGCAGACGCUCUGCCAGUACUUCUUCGGUUGGCUCCUCGGCGAGGACAGCGAAGAGGACGAUGACGAGAACGAAGUCGAUGGCAACGAAGACGCCGAAGACGAAGACAGCGAAGAAGAUUAUUUGGAUAUUUUCGGACUGUUCGGCAAUGCCUUGAGAAGACCUUAG